AUGAAGUUUCAUAUUUCAUUCUUUCUUAUAUUAUAUAUUGUAUUUUUUAAAAAUACAAUAAAAUGUGAAAACACUAGAGAUGUAAAUGCAGAAUCGUUAAGUGUUCAGAGUCCAGAUGCAAAAUUACAAGGUCAAAAUGAACAACAAGAAUCACCAAUAGAUACUCCAGAACAACCAAAGCAAUUGUCAGGAUCAUCUUCAGGAGGGGACACGAACGAACAACAGCAAGAACGAACAGAAUCACAAGAUGUAGGAAAAGCAUCAGGAGCAGGAGCACCUCCAUCAAUAUCAGAUCAAACACGAGCACAAGGACAAACACCAGCCCCAGGACAAACAUCAGCACCAGUUCAAUCAGUAGCAACAGGUGAAGCAUUAGGAGCAGGAGCAGGAACAGAAACAUCAGUAGGAAGUGGAGUAUCAGCCACAGUACAAGUACCAGGAACAGAUGGAGCAUCAGAACAAACCGUCUUACCACCAUCCCAAGAAUCAUCAUCUCCAAAUGGGAUAGGUGAAUCCCAAGAACAAGCUUCUUCGGGUCAAGGUGCAAUUCCAAAAUCUUCUGAUCCACAAAAGCCAGACACUGAGCAAAAAUCACCUGCUCAGAAAGAUUCCUCCAAGCCUGUUCUUCCCCCAGCUCAUUCAUUCUCAAACUUAAACAAAUCCACAAUCCCUCAAACAAUUCCUGUAAAAUCUUAUUUUUUAAAACAUUAUAAGGGUGUAAAAGUUACUGGUUCAUGUGGUGUACAGUUUCAAUUAGUUAUUGUACCCCACUUGUUUAUCAAUGUUGAAACAAAAGAAAAUAAUAUUCAAUUAGAACCUCAAUUUAUGAAAUUAAGUGAAAGAAUAGAUUUUGAAAAGGAUAAAUCUAAUUUAAAGAAUAAGUGUGAUGCUAACAAAACACAGACAUUUAAAUUUAUAUUGUAUCUUCAAGAUGAUAUGAUAACUAUUAAAUGGAAGGUAGACGAAGAUAAACCUGCCACCCCUACUAUUACAACUCCAGGUAAAGUAGAUUUAAACGUUGAUGUCAAAAGAUACAAACUACCAAAAUUAGAUCAACCAGUUACAUCUAUUCAAAUACAUUCUCUUGCAAAGGAUGGAGAAAAAUAUUUAAUGGAAAGUAAAGAUUACGACUUAGGAGAUAAAGUACCAGAAAAAUGUGAGGCUAUCGCUAAUGAUUGUUUCUUAAGCGGAAAUGUUGAUAUUGAAAAAUGUUUCCAAUGUACAUUAUUAGUUAAGAAUUCUGAUAAAAACGAUGAAUGUCUUAAAUACGUAUCUAAAAAUAUAAAAGACAGAUUCGAAGAAAUUAAAACAAAGGGAGAGGACGAUGAAGAUUCUGAUGAAUAUGAAUUUAUAGCAUCUGCAAAUUAUAUAUUAAAAAAUAUGUACAAAAAAAAUGAUACAAAUGAAAAAAAAGAAUUAUUAGAUUUCAAAGAAGUAGAUAAUGAUUUGAAAGUAGAAUUAUUAAAUUACUGUAAUUUAUUAAAGGAUAAUGAUGUAAAUGGUAUAUUGACAAAUGAAGAAUUGGGAAAUGAAGAAGAUAUAUUUAAUAACUUAACAAAAUUAUUAGAGGAACAUAAAGAAGAAAACGAUAAUGUUCUUUAUAAUAAAAUGAAGAAUGAAGCAUUGUGUUUAAAAAAUGUAAAUGAUUGGAUGAAAAAUAAAACUGGAUUAGUAUUACCACAAUUAAAAUAUUCUUUAAAUAAUGUUAAUGAGAAUAACGAAAAUUAUAUUAAGGAAACUGUUUUUGAAGAAGAUGAAAAUGGAAUUGUUGAUUUAACAAAAUUUACAGUAGAUACAAAUUAUUCAUCCUAUAAUCAUGCAGAUAGUUUAUAUUGUAAUCAAGAUUAUUGCAAUAGAUUAAAAGAUCAUAAUAAUUGUGUAUCCAAAAUAAAUGUAGAAGAUCAAAAGAAUUGUGCCUUAUCAUGGGCUUUUGCAUCUAAAUAUCAUUUAGAAACUAUUAAAUGUAUGAAAGGAUACGAACCUGUAAAUACAUCUGCUUUAUAUGUUGCAAACUGUGGUAAAAAUGAAAAUAAAGAUGUAUGCACUGAAGGAUCGAAUCCAUUAGUAUUCUUACAAACUGUUGAAGAAAAGGGAUUCUUACCAACCGAAUCGAAUUAUCCAUAUGAUGAAUCUAAAGUUGGAGAUGCUUGUCCAGAAGUACAAACUGAAUGGGAUAAUGCAUUUGAAAAUACAAAAGUAUUAGAUUAUAACAAUGAACCAUUUUCUUUAGGCACCAAAGGAUAUACUGCAUAUGAAAGUGAACAUUUUAAGGAUAAUAUGGAUACAUUUGUUAAGUUAAUAAAAGACGAAAUAAAGAAUAAAGGUUCAGUUAUUGCUUAUGUAAAAGCUGAAAAUGUUUUAGGAUAUGAAUUAAACGGAAAGAAGGUUCAAAAUUUAUGUGGUGAUAAAACACCUGAUCACGCAGUUAAUAUUGUUGGUUAUGGUAAUUAUAUAAAUGAUGAAGAUGAGAAAAAAUCUUAUUGGCUUGUAAGAAAUAGUUGGGGUAAAUAUUGGGGAGAUGAUGGUUACUUUAAAGUUGAUAUGUAUGGACCAUCAAAUUGUGAAAAUAAUUUCAUUCACAGUGUAGUAGUAUUUAAUGUUGAUGUACCUGUAAAUGAAAAUUUCGAUAAAAAAGAAAACGAUAAAUUUAAGUAUUAUUUGAAGAACUCUCCAGAUUUUUACCACAACAUUUAUUAUAAAAAUUAUAAUUUAGAAAAACAUGUAUCACCAAUGAAUACAUGGGGUAAGGGAUUACAUAAUAAAUUAAAUAAUGAUAAUUUGGUUUUUGGACAAGAAAGCGCAGUUACUGUUGAAGAAGGACAAUUAGGUACAGAUUCAGCAAGAAGUCUACGUGGGGAAGCAAGUGAAAGUUUAGAGACAGCUAAAGGUCAGGGUUCCAGUACAAGUGGAGCUGGAGGUUCAAGUGAAAGUUCACAUGUAGAUACAGUUGUGAAUUCAGUUGUAAGUACAGAUGGAAGUUUAAGUAGAAGUACAGGUGAAGACCAAAAUGGAAAUGCAGAUGGAAGACUAAAUGGAAGUGAAGGUGGAAGACCAAAUGAAAGUGCAGGUGAAAAUUCAAGUGGACAAUCUGUAACACAAGAAAAAUCUCAAGUCGGGGAUGUAUCAUUACCAGCAUCAUCUCAAGAAGGAAUAAACACAUCACCUUCUCCGAAUGUAGAUAAAAAUACUCCAGGAAGUUUACCAAAUCCAACAGCUGCACAUUCACAACCUCCCGUAGAACAAAAUGAUAACGAAAGAGGUACAAAUGCUCCAGGAAGUACACAAACUACACCAGUUGUACCCACUCAGACUGCAGACAAUAGUAAAAAAGCUCAAAUAUUCCAUGUUUUAAAACAUAUUAAAGAUAGCAAAAUAAAGAUGGGCUUAGUUAAAUAUGAGAAUUCUGACAAUAUUGGUGCUGAUCACGUAUGUUCUAGAACUACUGCUGUAAAUCCAGAAAAACAAGAAGAAUGUGUGAAAUUUUGUGAUGAUAAUUGGGACAACUGUAAAAAUAAGCCUUCCCCAGGAUAUUGUUUAACUCAAUUAAAAAAAACAAAUGAAUGCUUCUUCUGUUAUGUAUAA